CGAUUAUUUGGGGGUGUGUGGUGAGCAUCUGUGAAGCACAGAACUGCUUUUGACUUGGAUGACUUGGAGUCGUUCAUGCUGUUACUUUAGGGACAGAAAGGGAUUUCGCUUGAUAUUCACCAUCACUAAUCCUUCAAUACUUCUAACUUGCACAUUUGGUCAACUAGAUGUUAAAAAAUACCUUCAAAUUGCUGUCUUAGACAUUACAUAUUUUGAGGAAAACCAGCUUGUGGAUGAAGAUUUUCCAGAAGAAUCUGCCUUGCAAAAACUUAAAGAACUUAUUUCCAUUCUUUCAGAACCAGAAGACCUAGUGAGGGAAUGCAGCAUAAAAGAACCCAUCGACCUUCUUGGUGCAGAGUUGUUAGAAUGUCUCUACUGGAGAAAAGGAGCCCUGCUUUACAUGUAUUGCCACACAGCAAAAGAAAGGGGUGAAUGGCUACAAGAAAAUGUUGCCACAUUUAAAAAGUGUCUUAAUGAUGGAGUUCAGUACUUGAUGAAGAUGCUUAGCGUUAGAUGCCCUCUUCAGCUAGAUGAAGAUAUCUCACUUCAAGAUAAAGACACAGCUAGAUUACUCAGUGAAGGUAUAUUUAGUGACACUCACUUACUGGCAAUGAUGUACAGUGGAGAAAUGUGCUACUGGAGACUGAAACACUGUGGAGCAGUGGAAGGGAAGCAGGAAAGCCUUGAGUCAAUGGACCCUGUGUCUGGCAGUGACCUGGACAGCAGAUCCCAGAGCAUAUCGCUGGAUUUCCAAGAAACAGGGAGAAACAUGUUAACAAAGUAUGUGGCUGUAUGUGAGGGACCCUUAAAAGGUCAAGGGUGGAACACGGCAACUGCAAAACAAAUGCUGCAUUGCUUUGUGAAAUCCCACAGCUAAGAUCCACUGCGCUGUCUGUGCUAGAAGAAAACCUGUGGCAUAAGAGCACAGUCUUCGUCACUGCCUUAUUUUCUUUUUCUUCCUUCCAACUGAAAUGUAUACUUGUGUUGCAUUAAAGCCACGCAUUCCCCGGA